AUGGGGAGAAUUAAGAAGGUGGCGAGCCAAAAACACGAGGCUACGAUCUCCCCAUAUCUGGCAGAUUUCGUAGCGCGUGCCACCACUAUUCCAGUCCCCGAGCUUCCUUCGCAUCUCAACACCUUCUCUCGCAUAUGGCCCUUCCCCAGAGGCGACCUGUACCAUUGGAUUAACGUGCUUAACCGCUUCGACGAGAUCUUGGCAUCUGCCAUCGAGAAAUACGCCCUGAACAACGGUCCUCAGACGAAGCCUUUCGGCAAAGACUUUCUGGUGGAGUCUUACGUGCAUGGUGAAAGUGCAGGAAAACCUCAGGAUGUCGAUGCCAAGCUAGCUGAGCUUGGAUAUGGACCGGAAGGAGACAGGGAGCUUUUAGAGGUUAUUCUUGAUUUCUCUAGGCUGCUGCUGGAAAAGUGCGGUAAUCGUAGCUUGUACAGCAGCAGUGAACGCCUGGGCGAACUCUUGAACACCACCUCGCUCUCUCUGCUUCAGUCCACCCUCCGUCUAUCUUUGUGUCUGGCACAGCGGUAUCAUUCACGCCAACGCGGUGGCUCCCAUAUCCAGCACAGCUUGCUGGCAGCCCACUACAACAUCGACUUGGAGAAAUUGCAGAAAGUUGCUGCGCCGUUUCCGCGCCCUUCUGUCCCAGGAAGAACGGCAGUGUCCCCGGUAGCUUCGAUCAAGUCCAAGGAAAAGGCAUCUCAGGCCCGGCAUAAUGCCAAUGAUAUGUCUGUCCUUGUACGGGAGAAUGAAAGCUGGGAUGAAUGGGGUAACGUGCGCCUGCUUUAUUAUCCGUCUGGCUCAUCAGAACCGGUCAAGACUGCACCGGAGACCGGCACUGGUGGACCAUCGGUACAGGCCCCUACCACCCCCACGCCUCUACGCAGAAGUCACACCCAUCCCACACCACGUCUGAGCCGUAUGUCCACUGCCGAGGAUUCGCCUGCAUCUGUAACCUCGACGCCGGGAAAGCAGGACGAGACGCUGCGGGGUGGUAAGACACUCGAAUUACCAUAUUCGAAGAUUUCCUCGACAAGCGCUGAAGAGCUUGUUGCCGCGCAUGUAGACGAAGUACCAGAUGAUUCAAAAUACGAACUGCUUCAUAGGAUACGUACAGCCCAGGGAUUGGCAACGUCAGACUCCACGCGGGAGCAAAUUCUGGCGAUCAGAAUCCUCGCCCUUACUAACCUAGCUUACGUUUAUCCCGAGCCGCUGUUCCAGCAGAAAGUCCUUCAGUAUGACAUGGAGCAGCCAAAACGUCUGCAGCUCGCCUAUCAGCUCGGCGAAUUGGUCCACCUAGGUGCCAGUGGCGACCUCCCAGUCUCCCGGACAUUGCAGACAUUGGCCCUCCAGGCUCUUGAUGCUCUUGCGAAGCACAAGGCACGCGCGAUUGACGUCUGUGGCGCAUUGAGUGUCAAUGUAAAUCAUGGUGUGCUGAUGUUCUUGACUCGCAAAACCGUCAAUGAGCUGGGUUCGGAAGACACUGAUGGUGAAGAUGGUAGCCAGGAUGAGUGGCGGGAUGCGUUGCUCGCUUUGUUACGAACGCUUCCGGGCUCUAGUACCAGGACCCCAGAAACUCUCGUUGCUGCUGGCCUGAUCCCCAUGUUUGUUGAUGUUCUCAACCUCCGGACAGAAAAGGCCCGUCGAGUUUACUCCCGCAUCAUGGAAUUCCUGGACACUUUCGUCCAUGCUGUCCGUGAUGCACUGGGCACACUCACUAGCGCUAAGGGAUUUGACGCAAUUUCGGACUUGAUCGAUCACGAAACCAAAUCAUCCUUUGAAAACGUAAACAGGGGAGCUGGAAUACCUUCACAGCACAAAACUCCAUCGAUUGACUAUCAAAUUCCUUAUUUCCAACAACAAGCUCUGCGCUGGAUGUUUAGAUUUGUCAACCAUAUCAUGCAGCACAAUGGCGGCGGAUUUGACCGUGUCCUUCGGAAUUUGAUAGAUUCUCCUCAGUUGCUGACCUCCCUACGCCUUGUGUUGGAAAACGCUCGGGUGUUUGGUUCUCACGUCUGGAGCAACGCGGUCAACAUCCUGAGCAGCUUCAUUCACAACGAGCCUACGAGCUACGCAGUGAUUGCCGAAGCUGGGCUAAGCAAGAGCUUCUUGGAGGCCGUUACUUCUUCCGAAUUGAAGGCCCAGGAGAAGAUAGUUGUCGAACCUGAAAGUGCUGAUGUUGAGGGUGAGACCUCGAGGCUUCCUGAGACCAGUGCUACCGAGACAACCGCAGAAGAUGGUCGGGGCCCUCGGGAAUAUACUAUUGUAAGGUCGGCAGAGACGCGUUUAGCCCCUGGGAUCAUGCCCGCCGCCGAAGCUCUCUCGUGCAUUCCCUCCGCUUUUGGAGCCAUUUGCUUGAAUUCCUCUGGUCUCGAUCUGUUCAAGUCCUCCGAUGCUCUGGAGAGCUUUUUUGAGAUUUUUGAGAACCCUGAGCAUGUCAGGUGUCUAAAGGACGAUCCCAACCUCGUUCGUUCUUUAGGUACCACUUUUGAUGAGUUGGUGCGGCAUCAUCCGGCUCUGAAGGCUCACAUCAUGACUGCAGUUAUCGUGAUGGUUGCGCGUGUUGGACUCUUGUGCAGAGCGAAGGCCUGGUCAGUCGGAAUGGGUGCGAAGUUGUGGACAGAGAACCCGGAUGGAAAGCCAAUCAUCUCGGGCUCUACUGCCCACUUGCUGAAGGCGAUCGGGAUCGAUAAUGGCGAUCAGGCCGAGGAUGCCUCCACCUUCGGUGUGCCUCAAUUGACGUCCGAUCAGCUCCCUAACGGCGGAAAGCUACAGCUCGGUGAUCUAAGCCAGAUCCUUCCAUCGUCAAAUGACAACAUUGAGCCGAAGGAAACGGACGCGGCUGGUCUCACUGCCACAGACUAUUUGUACCCUGUCGUCCGAUUCCUGGGUGCAUUCUUCGAGAACCAGCCCAACUGCUCGUAUUUCAUUGAAUCCGGGGGUGUAGAGUUUGUCUUGGAUCUCGCGACUUUGCAAAGCCUCCCAUAUGAUUUCCAUAACACGGAUGCCAACCAGGAACUUGCCGUCCUGGUGCAUAUGCUUGCAGAAACGAAGCCUCACUUGGUUGUGCCAUCCCUCGUCCAGCGAACGGAGCGAGCUGUCGAUAUGCUCUCGAGUUUCUGGCAGGAGCCCAAUCAUUCGGGAUUUUUCACACCGUUGAUCAUGGCGACAUCCAACAGUACAUCCGAAGAAAAGGGCAAGGAAACGCUCAGUAUAUCCAAGGCAAAUGGAACAUUCUUUGCAAAGCAUAUGGGGGCUGCCCUUAUCCUAACCGAUUUCCUCCGUGAGAUCUAUUCGAUGCCUUUGUACCAGACACGUCCGAGCCAGCAAACCUCCGCUUUCGCUCAAGUUAACCUAGUUGACCGAUAUUGCUCCCUUGUGAAUAAGUUGGGAGGUUUGCAUGCAGCGUGUGUCUGGGAGGAGAUACUGCUUGAGAAGAACAUACCCGACACCUGGGAUCAGGCAACCAAAGUGCAACAAACUGGCUCAGCUCCCGAAAGAUCCAACCCUGUCGCGGGACAACUGAACUCCGAAGGAAACACCAUCGUACCUGGUACAGAGCCUAGUAGGGAAAGUCCAGCUGCUAGCGAUAGUGCCCAACCUGGAGUUGCCCAAGAGUCCAAAGAGCCUACCACAGCCAAGGUUGCCGAAGACGGUGUAGCGUUCAAGAAUGUUCAGGCCCUCCGGUAUCUCCUCAGCUCGUUGCCUUCUUCAAUCACUGGUUUCUUCCAUAACUUGGGACUUGGUCUGAUUGGAAAAAGGAGGACGGAUCUUUAUCAGAAGCAGAAUGCAACUCUGGUGGCGGAUGCUGUUGCCGGAGCCGUGCUAGAGCAAUUGCAAUUCCAGCCUCCAAACGCUAGUGACAACUCCAAGCUCCGGUUCGCUUACCUGAUUGUUAUACUGUCUUCGUUCUCCCAUCUUCUGUUCGAAGCUACCGCAGACCGUCCUCAUUCACACUACCUUACCCUGGUUUUGUUCUCCUUCAAGAGACACGGAGGCCUGAAAGUAACGAAAGACAUCUGCGACCUCUUUGUACAGGAGGUCAAGGCCCUGACCCCGCCGGAAUCCGUCGCCGAAUCUGAACAAGAUGUCUCAGCACGACUCACCUCCGCUUACGGCGGCAUCAAAAUUAUCCUCAGCUUCUUCUCCGAGCUUGCCUCGGGGAAGAACAUCGUCGAUUCCAGCCAAACACAGGCCAUGACCAGCGACCGUGACCGGGAUCGCCCCGACUACUUUCAACCGGGCCAGUUCUUGGUGGACCUUCGGAUGGAGAUUCUACCGAUGGCUCGGGACAUGUGGAAUUCCGACUUCGCCGCGCAGUCCUCCAGUUCUGUUGUCAAAUGUCUGAUUGACAUUCUGCGUUCGUCACUCGAUGGUGAAUAUGAGACAGGAGCUGCUCGCAGCUCCGAUGUGCCUCCUAUGGUGACAGACGUCGCGAGAAGAAUGUUCGUCGUGAACAAGGACCGCAUGGUGUCUUUACAAGAGAAGGGAUUCGAUGGACAGCUUGCCAAGGAAGCGCUUUAUCGCUGCAACAACGUAUAUGCCGCCGCCGAGGAGUACUGCAGGGCACAAAGUCGGCUAAGAGCCCCUCCAAGGGCAGAGCCAUCCCCUGGUGACAUCGAGUCGAUUCGCUCAACGUCAGGGGCUGAAGGAUCUGACGAGCCGGCAAGCGAUGCCCCGUCGUUUGACAAUGGGUUCCUCGAGCGGUCUGCACUUGCCAUGCUGUUGGCACAAGCUUCAGGCCGACCGGCCGACGAUGCGUCCCGUCAAGACCAAGGCCAGGGCAGAUCUGAAGACAGCGAAGUUAGACAUGGCUCUGAAUUCCUGGCGAGAGCCCUGACCCAUAUCUUGAACGACGACCAUGCCACAGGGAGCGAUGAACAUGAGGAAUCUCCAAUAAUCACGCCCCGUAUCUCUAACGCUCCCGGUGGUAGUUCGUCGGAGCCUUCAACCCUUCCGGCAAAUCAGUCACCAGAACAACGCUCCGAACAGCCUACGAGACGGCGUGAGGUGACUACGAUCGAGGAUUUAGAUAAGGAACGUGAGCAGGUUCGCUCGAAUUUGAUUGAGCGUUGCUUGGACAUCUUGAAUGAGCACCACGACGUCUCUUUCGAGUUGGCGGAUCUAAUUGCCUCCGCAACAAGAAGACACCGCGACGCGGAAAGCUUUAGAAGAGAAGUAGGCGAGAUUCUUGUGCAAUCUUUGGUCUCUUUACAGAUGGAGAAUUUCCAGGCUGCUGGCAGAAAGGUGGCCGCCUAUGCUCACCUUCUCGCUCUAGUCGUCCAGGACCGGGAAAUGUAUACCGCAACCCUUGGUGAGCUUAAAGAAUGCUUCACGACGUUCCUUGGAUUCAUUCAAGUAUUACCCGAAAAGUCGUCCGAUGAAUCGUUUCCUUGGAUCGGCCACGUCCUCCUGGUGCUGGAGAAGUUGCUUUCUGAUGACUGCCAGCCACCUCAGAUUCGUUGGACUAUCCCUGAUCAUGAGAACCCAAGUGCAGACGACGAGCAACCAGCUCACUUGGAGGAGCCUCUUGUAUCACUGGAUCAGAAAAUGCAGCUUUAUGAGGCAUUAGUCGAAAUACUGCCUAGAAUAGGCAAGGAUGAAACAUUGGCCCUUUCGAUCUGUCGAAUUCUUGUCAUACUCACACGCAGUCGCAGCAUUGCUGUGCGCUUGGGAGAGAAACGAAGCCUGCAACGUCUAUUCGUCAUGGUCAAACAAUUGUCUAGCUCCACAAAUGAGAAGCUUCAGGGAGCUUUCAUGUUAAUCUUAAGACACAUCAUUGAAGAUGAGGACACCAUCCGGCAGAUCAUGAGAAGUGAGAUUGUCGCCAACUUCGAAUCCAAAUCGUCCCGCCAGAUCGAUACGACCGGCUACGUGCGACAAAUGUAUCAUCUUGUCCUCAGAUCCCCUGAAAUUUUUGUUGAAGUGUCAAAUGAAAAGUUGAAGUUGCAGCGUUAUGACAACCGCCAACGACCCCAGAUUCUCACGCUGAAGGCCGACAAAAAGAACAGCUCUUCAGAUCCCACAACGGUCAAAGAAGCACCUGACAGCCCGGAGAAGAGCGAGGGCCAGACAGGUGGAGCAUCAUCUGAGGAUAAGGACAAGGCUAAAUCUACUGAUCUCAAGCCGCCUGUGGUGGAGAACCCUGAUGGCGUUAUCCACUAUCUACUUUCUGAGCUUCUGUCUUACAAGGAUGUCGAUGAUAAGGAGGCUCCCACCGAGAGCACAGACCCAUCGGCCCCCGAUCAAUCGGAAACUCAAACCGAUGUGGAAAUGUCGAUUGAUGAACCUUCUCCGUCUGUUUCUAGCACCGACGCGCAGGCCACACGCAACUCCAAGAAGUCAGACAAGCCGGCAUUCAAGGCGGACGACCACCCAAUCUACAUUUACCGGUGUUUCCUCUUGCAGUGCUUGACCGAGCUCCUGUCGUCCUAUAAUCGCACAAAGGUUGAAUUCAUCAAUUUCUCUCGCAAGGCAGAUCCUCAUGCGGCUACCCCGUCAAAGCCUCGCUCGGGGAUUCUGAAUUAUCUCCUGAAUGCGUUAGUGCCGGUUGGCACUAUGGAACAUGACGAAUCGGUCUCGUUCAAGAAGCGAAGCAACACUUCUGCUUGGACAAUGCGUGUUCUUGUUGCUCUAUGUACAAAGACGGGCGAAUUCGGCGGGCCUGGAAGGCGACGUAACGAACAGGAACUCAAUGAAGACGACGAGCCCGAGCUUGCCUUUGUGCGGCGAUUUGUCUUGGAACAUGCGCUGAGGUCAUACAAGGAAGCAAAUGCUUCGAAUGAACCCCUUGACGCCAAGUAUUCUCGGUUGAUGUCACUUGCCGAUCUUUUCGAUAAAAUGCUCAGUGGAUAUGCCUUCGUUUCUGGAGAGACAGCUUUCGCGUCUUCGACCAGGCAAUUGGCGAAGACUAUGUUUGAAAAACACUUCAUCUCUGCGCUGACAGCUUCAGUCGCUGAAAUUGACCUCAACUUCCCAGCGUCCAAACGGGUCAUCAAGUACAUUUUGCGUCCUCUUAACAAGCUCACCCAAACCGCGGUGGUGUUGAGUGAGUCAUCGGAUAUCUCCACUCUCGCUGAAACUGAAGAUGAUGAGAUCUCCUCAGCUACGUCAGUUUCGGAUAUGGAAGAUGACCGGGAGGAGACCCCCGAUCUCUUCCGCCACUCCACGCUGGGCAUGCUCGAGCCUCGGCACGAGGAGGAGACCAGCUCCGAAGAAUCGGAAGAGGAGGAUGACGAAAUGUACGACGAUGAGUAUGGUGAGGAGAUGGAUUAUGAUGAAGACUUGCCAGAAGACGAUGGCGAGGUAGUCAGUGAUGAAGAAGAUGAAAUCGAAGGCGUUGGGCCGAUUGAGGGACUUCCUGGCGACAACGGCAUGGACAUCGAAGUGGUCAUCGAUGACGAUGAAGAUGAUGAAGACGACGAAGAUGACGAGGAUGACGAGGACGAUUCCGACAUGGACGACGACGAAAUCCUUGCCGGCGAAAUCACAGGAGAUCAUGAUAACGAAAGCCUGGAGGAAGGUGAUGAUGACGAAUGGGAAAGUGAAGAGAUGUCUGAAGACGACGAAGAAGCUGAGAUCAUGAAUCAAUUCGAGGAUGAGUUGGCCGAUAGUCUUCGACAGGCAGAGCAGCGCGACGAUGGGCAGCGGUUUGAUGAUUUGUUCCGCGUCCUCAAUGAGGCUGCCGGCGGCGUUGAAGAUCUUCAGGCUGACAGUCUCGGGGAUAUGCAUGAAGACAUCGUCGAUGAUGACCUGGCUGAUGAAGAGGAAGACGAGGAACUCGAGGAACUCGAGGAAGAACUCGAGGAUGCCGACGACGACCAAGGGUCCUACCAAGGUUUCGAUGAUGAGGAAGAUCUUAUGGAUCCUUGGGGAUGGGAAGGCGAUGAGCAACCGCCACGAGGCCAUCAUCACUCCCGAUUCCAUGGUCCUCGGCCGGCGUGGGCUGCGGUUAGUGGGAUCAUGCCCAGUCGGCACGGUAUCGUUCCCAUUCAGCCUUAUCGACUCCAUAGAACUCAAAUUCCGGCCCGUGGAAACGAUGACGGGACCAACCCACUUCUUGUUCGGACAGACCGUGGCUCCGAGACAGGUGGUCAGCCCCGCGUACCUGGCAAUGAAGCUUUCACCGACUGGGUUCAUGGCAUGGAGCCCGUAUCGACGGGACGUCUGCUUCCUAUGGAUAGUCCUGUUAGCUUCAUGAACGCAGUUUUGCAGGCUAUUGGCGGACAAGGGGGCCCAGGAUUUGGGGUCAUCACCCGUCCCGAUGGUAUCCACGUCCAUGUUGAUAGACGUGCAAUGCCUAACCGGAUACAAGACAUAUUCGGCCUUGGCAGACCCCAAGCUCCUCCUUCCCGUACUCGCGAUGAUCCUUCCCAAGCCGUGAGCUUCGCCUUAGCUACAACCAGAAGCCGUUGGCAAGAGGAGGCCCGCAUUCUGUUCAGCAGCGCAUACGUUGAGAAGACCCAGCGUGUGGUCAACUCCCUGUUGAAGAUCUUGGUGCCCCCUGCAAUUGAGGAAGAAAAGAGACGGGAGAAGCAGAUGGAGGAAGAGCGAAAGCGGCGUGAAGAAGAACGCGCAGAACGUGAACGUCAGGAACGCAUCGCCAGGGAAGAGGAGGAGAAAGAGAGAAAGCGCAAGGAAGAGGAGGAGAAUGCCAGACGGCAGCAAGAACUGGAACGUCAGGAAGCAGAGCGACAAGCGUCCGGUAUUGAGACGGAGCCCAUGGACGAUGUACAACGGACAGACACCGGCAACGAGGCUGCAGCACCGGCAGCCGAGACUGAUGCAGGCCCGUCAGAACCUGCUCCCCGCGUGCACACAACUAUCAGAGGCCGUCAGCUUGACAUCACUGGCAUGGAAAUCGAUCCGGAGUACCUGGAAGCCUUGCCUGAAGAAUUGAGAGAGGAAGUCAUCAUGCAGCAGCUCGCAGAACAACGUUCUCAGGCUGCUGCUGCUGGCGAAGAGCCCAGUGAAAUCAAUCCAGAGUUCUUGGAAGCCUUGCCUCCAGAGAUCCGGGAGGAGUUGCUGCAGCAAGAAGCGGCCGAUCGUCGUCGCCGGGAGCGUGACAGUGCUCGCCGACAAGCUGCUGCUGCUGCAGGUGCAGCAGCUCCGGCUCCGGCUCCUGUUCAUGCAGAAGAGAUGGACCCUGCUAGUUUUCUGGCUACGCUAGACCCAUCCUUACGUCAAGCUGUUCUGGCUGAUCAGCCCGAAGAAAUCCUGGCAACAUUGGGUCCAGAAUUCCUUUCCGAAGCUCGUGCGUUGCCAGGCAGACGAUUGGCACAAUUCGGCGAUAUCACUCGGGUCGACCACCGUCACCGACGUGAGCCAGCCGACGAUCAAGAGCCUAAAAAGCAACAACGACGUCAGAUUGUCCAGAUGCUGGACAAGGCCGGCGUCGCUACGCUACUGCGUCUGAUGUUCAUGCCUCUCCAAGGCAACGCACGCCACCAGUUGAACGACAUUCUCCAUAACGUGUGCGAGAACCGCCAGAACAGGAUGGAGGUCAUUAGCCUUCUCUUAUCUGUCCUUCAGGACGGUAGUGCGGAUGUCUCGGCGAUCGAACGCAGUUUUGCUCAGCUCUCACUCCGUGCUAAGCCCUCCUCGGUUCAGAAAACCCCUCAAUCCGUGAAACGGAACUUGUCAUUCCAGGGGUCUUCGAAUGUGAGCAAUGAAGUGACUCCGAUUAUGGUUGUACAGCAGUGCCUGGGAACUCUUUCUUUCCUAUCGCAGUACAACCCUCACAUUGCUUGGUUCUUCUUGACCGAGCAUGACUCUUCCCCGGCCCUGAAGCUGAAGGCUCUCCGCAAGGGCAAGGGCAAGGAGAAUAGGGCUAACAAAUUCGCUCUCAAUGCAUUGUUAACCUUACUGGACCGGAAGUUGAUCAUGGAGAACCCAAAUUGCAUGGAGCAGUUAUCAAGUCUACUAAGCAGUAUCACACAGCCUCUUACACUUUUGCUCCGUCGGGAGAAGGAAAAGCAGGAGGAAGAGGAGAAGGCUAAGGGCAAGCAGCCCGAGCAGGCGCGGGAAGAGAGACCGACUGAAGAACAGGAACAGCAGCAACCUGUUCCGGCAGAUCAGACGGGAUCUGCCACGGACACGACAAUGACAGAUGCACCGCUUCCCACCGUCGAGACCACGCAACCGCAAACUGAAACUGCUCAGCCAGGGCAGACGGAACCAUCGGAAGCCGCCAAGGAAGAGAAAGCAAAGACCACAGCUGAAGAAGAGAAGCACAAGAGAAGAACUAUCGAACCACCAGUUGUCCCUGAUCACAACUUGCAGCUGGUCGUCCACAUCCUCGCCGCUCGUGAAUGCAACGGAAAGACAUUCCGGGACACACUUUCCACCAUCAACAACCUUUCCGCUGUGCCCGGGGCUAGGGACGUGAUCGGUAACGAGCUGGUCAGCCAGGCUCAAACUCUGAGCACUGUUAUUCUCACUGAUCUUGAUGAAUUGCUGUCGCACAUUCACCAGGCUCGUACCGGUACCGAUAUGCAGGGUCUAGCUUUGGCUAAGUUCUCGCCAGCCAGUUCUGAUCAGGCUAAAUUAUUGCGCGUUCUCACGGCUCUCGAUUACCUGUUUGAUCCUUCUCGGAUGGACAAGGUGAAGGGAGCCGAGCCUGACAAUGCCGCUAAGGAAGAUGUUCUACAAACGUUGUACGAAUGCUCUACUUUCGGGCCUCUGUGGACCAGACUUAGCGAAUGCUUGACCGUAAUUCGACAGAAGGAGAACAUGCUCAACGUCGCAACUAUUCUCCUGCCUUUGAUCGAAGCAUUAAUGGUGGUUUGCAAGAAUACCACGCUCAAGGAUACCUCUCUUGCCCGGAACAGUAGGGAGUUGUCUGUGUCGACCACUUCCGUUGACGCUGGUCUCAGCAUGGAAAGCCUCUUCUUUAAGUUCACAGAGGAACAUCGCAAGAUUCUUAAUGAGCUUGUGCGACAAAAUCCCCGGUUGAUGAGUGGCACUUUCUCGCUGCUGGUCAAGAACCCCAAGGUUCUAGAGUUUGACAACAAGCGCAACUACUUCACUCGUCGCAUUCAUUCCCGUGGCGCUGAGCCUCGUCACCCCCAUCCACCUCUUCAGCUGUCUGUUAGACGUGACCAAGUCUUCCUGGAUUCCUUUAAGUCCUUGUACUUCAAGACAGCGGACGAACUGAAAUAUGGCAAGCUGAACGUACGCUUCCAUGGUGAAGAGGGUGUCGAUGCCGGUGGUGUGACUAGAGAAUGGUUCCAAGUUCUCGCGCGUGGCAUGUUCAACCCCAACUACGCUCUGUUCAUCCCGGUUGCUUCGGACAGGACUACAUUCCACCCGAACCGUCUGAGUGGUGUCAACUCCGAACAUCUGAUGUUCUUCAAGUUCAUUGGACGUAUCAUCGGCAAAGCCCUGUACGAGGGACGCGUCCUUGACUGCCAUUUCAGCCGUGCGGUCUACAAGUGCAUCCUCGGUCGGUCAGUAUCCAUCAAGGAUAUGGAGACGCUUGACCUUGACUACUACAAGUCCCUUCUCUGGAUGCUCGAAAACGACAUUACUGACAUCAUUACUGAGACCUUCGCUGUCGAGACGGAUGACUUUGGAGAGAAACAAGUGAUCGAUCUCAUUGAGAACGGACGUAAUAUUCCUGUCACUGAAGAAAAUAAGGAGGAAUACAUCCAACGGGUCGUCGAUUACCGUUUGGUCGGCUCCGUCAAGGAGCAGCUGGACAAUUUCCUGAAGGGAUUCCAUGAGAUCAUCCCCUCCGAUCUGAUCUCCAUCUUCAACGAGCAGGAGCUCGAGUUGCUAAUCUCCGGUCUCCCCGAAAUCGAAGUGGAUGAUUGGAAGGUCAAUACCGAGUAUCAUAACUACUCGGCCUCCUCGCCCCAGAUUCAGUGGUUCUGGCGCGCGGUCCGCUCUUUCGAUAAGGAAGAACGCGCCAAGCUUCUGCAGUUCGUUACGGGUACUAGCAAGGUGCCUCUGAAUGGAUUCAAGGAACUUGAGGGCAUGAACGGAGUCAGCCGUUUCAACAUCCACCGUGAUUACGGCAACAAGGAUCGUCUCCCAAGCUCUCAUACUUGUUUCAACCAGCUGGAUCUUCCAGAAUAUGAGAGCUACGAAACAUUACGGCAACGUCUUUACACUGCGAUGACGGCUGGCAGUGAAUAUUUCGGGUUUGCAUAA